UUCAGAGGGGACAAAAGUCUGCUGUUAUCUUCAGGCUGUCUUGUCCCCACUGGCCUGACCUGUUAAAGGGGUUCCGCAGCUCUGCCUUCCACCUUGGGGAACAGCAAGUGUAAGGACCCUGGCAGGAACCCUCUGAGGGCUUAGAAGCCCCACCAUCCUCCCCCAUUGUGAUGAGAGCUCUGAUUCUAUGGCAACGGUGGGUCCCCUGGACCCUCCCCUCCUGGUAGAGGCUGAAGGUCAGGAGCAAGGAGGGGGAGUAUCUUCCAGAUGACAGAGUUUCUGAGGCAGUGAAGAUGUCAGGGAGACGACCUCAGGCACUUUCGCUUCCUGCAGAAAAUGGCCAAAGGGAGACGCUUCAACCCAGCUUUAGAUAAGGAUGGAAGAUGGUUCCCUCAGAUUGGACUAACACAGAAGACACCAGAAUCCAGCACAAGCGCUAUGCUAAAGGAGCCCCACCGCCCACGGUCGUCUCGGCAAGUGGAGGGGAAGCUACCACCAAUCUACAAAGUUCGGGAGAAGCAAGCAGUAAAUAACAACUUCCCCUUCUCUGUACACGACAAUCGGCACAGCCUGCAGAGCUCGGGGUGCUACCUGGACUCGGGCCUGGGACGGAGGAAGAUCUCCCCAGAGAAAAGGCAACAUGCUUCAAGAAAUUUCAAUCUCUGGGCGUGUGACCAUGUUCCGUCUUGUCUUGACGGCUUUUCAAAUAACCAAAUAUCAUAUGUCUAUCGAGAAGUUGUGGUGCUCCCAAUUUUCAGACGCUUCCCAAGACAUUAUAAUGAGAUAUGGAAGUCUUUUAAAUUUAUUCCUCGGAAAAGUUAUACAGAGUUUUUGAAAAAGACUCCAAAAGUAAGGUUUGCUAUUGACAAAAAGGUUGGUUCUUCACUGGAGCCCUAAUCCUUCCAGAAGGUUAUGGAUGAGUUUUGUAAUAUUGGUAUCGCACUGAACAUUUGUUUUCUGGUUCAGCCUACUAGUUGACAUAGGAUUUGUUUAAAUUAGAGAUUAGAGAUUGUACAUGUCUUAAUGCAGAGGUGAAAUAUUCUUGCUGUGAUAACACAGAGAUGAAAGUCUUUAUAUUGAGAAUCCAGAAAAGCUACACAUUAUGUUACCACUCCCCACUUUAACAUAUUUCUGUUUUUUUUUAGUAAGGUUGAAAAACAUUCAAGUUCUUAUAAAAAUAAAGAUA